AUGUCAAAUAUUAGCAAAGUGAGACUCAAAGAACCCAUACGCUACUAUUUAACUUUGAUCAUUUAUCAAAAAAAUUUUGCUGUUAAUGCCAAAUUUAAUUUUGCAGAUAUUUUGAAUGGUCAUUUGGGUGCUAUUCUUGCUCUACUUUACGGUUUAUCAGCUUACAAGCAACAAAUUAAACAAUCUAUACGAGCGGCUGUAGUUACGCAGCCGUCCACGUCUGACGUUAACUGUCCUUCGUCAUCGCUAAAGGAAGCUUAUAAAGGAGAAACGACUUAUAAAGCAAUCAGUAUGCCUCCUAGUAGCAAGUAA